AUGGUGCACAUAAUUUUUAUGCAAAUAUUUUUCAUUUUUUUGAGUUCAAAAAUCAUAAAUUUAAGAAAAUCUCGACUACUCAUGAAUUCCGAGACAGAAAUUUACUUUGAUACAGAGCUUGACACGGAGCAAAAAAAGAGAUUGCGCACAAGAGGAGUAGGGAAGCGUGGAGCAUGGAGCACAGCAAGAAAAAUAAUAGUUACUGAAGUAUGCCUGUUGGCAUUAGCAUGUGUGUCAAUGGCAGUGCUAUUUCCAAAUCUCACCGGCGUAAGACGUACUGAUGCAAACAAUGGCUAUUCAGAUGUUCCCAGUUAUCUUGAUGGCUAUAUGGACGGUUCGAUUUUGAUAAAUAAGGCACACUUUGCGGAGGAAAUAGCCUUCUAUCAUAUGUAUACUAAGUGCAUGUCUAAUCUCGCAGAUACCUAUGAUAAGGUCAAUCAUUUUCUAAGGACUAAUAAGGGCGACAUUACUACACUUGUUGGAGACGAGAAAUGGAAGGAGAUCGUCGAUACCGUAGAAACUACACGGAAAAACGUGCUACAGGCAAUUAGAGCCGAGGGUGAGAACAUCGAGUCGACUACAUUUGACAUGUGGAAGGAGCUUUACGAAUUCAAGGAUGUUAAGGGGAACACCACAUCAGCAGAGCUUGCAGAUGUUUCCAGCUUCAUAGCUAGGGGAGAGCUGUUGCGGAAUGUUGACCAAGAGUCCCUGCAGCAGGCAGAUGCAAAGCUCAUGUCCAUCAUAGACACCAAGAAUAAUGCGAUCUUGUCAUCCAUAAGCGACGCGGAGAAGAAGAUUUACGCUCUUAUGAAUAGGGAGAUAAAUGAGGCCAGUUUUUUUGCGUAUCCAAUGCUGAAGAUGAGCUGGUGGUACCAGAGAUUCGGAUACAAGGAUUACAUGGACUCCGUAUACAAUGACCCUAUGUCCUUCUACACCGUCUGUGCUUUUGGCUGUCUUCUUGUUGUCGCUCCCAUUUUCAUUUACCUAAGGGACAGGAUGCACCUGAGGAAGAAGCCUCACACGAAUCCAAUUCAUUUAAAAUUGGCUGCACAGAACAGUCCUUCUUCCAACUUAAUUAAACAUUGA